CGAAAUUUCAACGAGCUCAUGAGGAUGUGUGACAGGUGCUGACGUCACUGUGAGAAAGGUGAGAGCUAAAGGCGCACAGAUGAAUGCACUCACUCCAGCUGUGUGGCUGCGCGCGUGUGUGAUGGUGUGUGCGUCAGUCAGAUGGGCAAGCAGAAGAAGGGGCGGGAAGUCAACCCCACUGACGCCUACAGGUCAGCCAACAAAACGACCGCACCAAGAUGCGAUGCAUCUCCCUGCAUGUGUCUGUCGGUGUGUGUGUUUCUCUCCUUUAUGAUAACAUCUUUCACCACCAGGAAGCAGCAGCGCGAGAAGGAGAAGAAGCGGGUAGGGGCAGAGAGAGGGGUCACGGCACCCACAGCAGCCACACAGUGUGUUGUGGGCACGUCUGUCUGUCAUCUGAUUCAUUCAUCAGAACAAGCAGGCGCGUCAGAAGCUGCGCGAGUCGACCCUGGUCAGGAAGAACCCACACGCCAUCAAGGAACAGAUCGACAGACUCAAAAAGGAGGGUUAGUCCUCCUGCACCGCACACACCGCAGCCAACGCACAGAUUCAUUGCCCAUUUGUGUGUGUGACUGUGUGUGUGUGUAUGUGUGUGUGUGUGUGUGUGGGUCAUCAGAGCACUUUGGUCGCAUCACUCCGUCGGACAAGAAGAAGCUCGAGUCGCUCAACAAAACAUGGGACAAGGUACGCACACAACACACAACACACGACUGCUGAGAAAGUCCGUAUCGAUGUCUAUCGUUGUGGAUGGGCCUGUGGGUGCACUGCAGCUCAAGUCUAGCAUAUUGGCCAACAAGGACAAGCUGGCGGACAAGGUCACCAUCGACAUGCAGGGCAUUCAGGGUGGGCCUCCCAACCACUGCACACUGACUGACAGACAGAGAGACAUCCCACAAGACACGCUCACAGUAUCUGUGUGUGUCUCUGUCUGUCUGUCUGUCUGUGUGUGUGUUGAAUUAACUGUUGGGUGUAGAGGAAGGGGAGAGCAGCGAAGAGAGCGGGGAAGGUACACACACACGGCCACACACACACACACACACACACACAUAUAUAUACGAAGCGCACUCACCGAUACGCAGAGACAUCCUUGUGUGUGUGUGUGUGUGUGUGGACGUCACCAGAGUCCCCCCCAGAGGAGGCGGGCGCAGCAGCUGCGAGUGCGAGUCCGCCGUCGGUGCCUCUUCCCCCCCUGCCCCCUCCCCCGCCCCCGCCCCCCCCGCCAGGCAUGCCGCCAUUCAUCUUCAGCCCCUUCAUGCAGCAACAAACAUUCCCGGGAGCCGCUGCUGCUGGUGAGCAUUGAUUGCCUGGGGUGGGCGGCCUUCACCACAUCCAUUCACCAUCGGUGUCGUGUGUGUGUGUGUGUGUGUGUGAGUCAGCUCCUCCGCCAUUGCCACCUGGCCCUCCACCUGGCCCUCCACCAGCCUCGUCAAUGCCGGUUGAGCAGGUCAGCCUCACAGAGAGGGAGGGAGGGAGGUUCCCAGCAGUACACACACGGAUGGAUGAAUGGAUGGAUGGAUGGAUGGAUGUCAGCCGCCUCCUUUACCUCCCGGCCCACCACCGUUGCCAGAGGGAGAGCCGCCCACGGAGCAAGGCGGGCAGGUGCGUGUGGGCCGAUGCUGUGUGUCAUCAUGACCUCUUUGUGUGUGUGUGUGUGUGUGGUCAGGGGGCCUCUUCUCUUCCUGGAGCUGCAGCUGCUGGUGACAACAUCGGUAUGUCUGCACGCACAACCGCACAAACUGAAAUGCGCGCACACGUGAAUCGGUUCAUGUGUGUUGGUUGUGGGUGUCAGUGUCCUCCGUCCCCCCCGCAGCCCGUGGUCGCGGCAAGGCCCUGACGCAGCCGGCGUGGAUGGCCAAAAUCAAAGAGACAGACCAAGGCGCACAUCAAGGCAAGCAGGAGGGUGGAUCAUUCCUUUCUUUGCGAGGUCACCAUUCCUCUGUGCUGGGCUGGGCUGUGUGCGCGCUGCACAGAAUCGGCGAAGGAGGAGCCCCCACCGCUGCCCGGUGCAAUGCCACUAGAGACAGGUGAGGUGUCUGCACACACACUCAGCCAUCCAUUCAUCCGUUUGUCAAGCCAUUUGUCCAUCUUAUUGCGUGUAAUGGCAUGCAGCUGCAGUGCCUGUGGUGGGUGUGGGUGUCGGUGUUGGUGUUGGUGUUGGUGUUGAUGUGGGUAUCGGGGCCGGCAGGGCCCUCACCCAGCCCGCGUGGAUGACCAAAGUGCAGCUACAGCAGCCGGGAGAAGGAAAGGCGGAAGGUGCGGUACAUAUACCAUACGCCGCCCCAUCCAUGCCGCCCCAUUCAUCGUGUCUGUGUGUGCAGGUGGUGGCCAGGAGGAGGACACUGAUGCCAAAGCAGACGAGGCGAAUGUGGAGGGGGAGCGGCCACGACAGCCAUCUGUGGUCACCCACCAGCCUCCUGCUGCUGCUGCUGGUGUAGCUCUUGGCGGUGGCGCUUCUGGCCCUUUGUUGCCCCCGCCUCCGCCACCCAUUCCGGCGUGGAUGCUGCCCAUGUUGCAGCAGACGGGUCCGUGGGGUGCGUCGCUUGGUUCUCUCUGUGUACUGUGUGUGUGUAUGUGUGUGUGUGUGUCUGUGUGGGUAUGUGUCAACAGGUGUGGGUAUGGGUGUGCCAUUGGGUGGCACUGCUCCUCUGUUGCCAACUCCUGCAGCCUGGGACAUGACGGCAGGUACGAAGUACGUCCCUCUGUCUGUCUGUGUCCUCUCCUCUCUAGCCAUCCCAUGAUCGAUGUGCAAUUGGUAACGCAUUGAAUUGCAGGUGGUCUACCACCCUCUCCCUCUGGGCACCAAGCGGCGCUGCGCAUGCCAAUGCCCCCACCGCCACCGCCACCGCCACCACCAGCACCAGCAUCAGCUAUACCCAUUGCGCAGAGUCCAGCAGGUGAGCGACACCCAUAUCUCCCUCCAUCCGGAACACGCGGAGCGGACAAGAUGUGAUUCAUUCUACUGAUUGAUGAUGCAGACCACCCCGUGGCGGCCCCUCCGGUGCUGACCGCAUCAGCUGUAUCGGUAUCAGCGGCGCCAGUGCCACGGACUCAGAUGCAGGCCCAGACACAGUCGAGUACGAGCAAGGUCCCUGCGGCCGCAUUGAAGUUCAGACCCACACAGCUCAGGUAGGUGGGCAGGCACCGCAACGCCACAUGUGUCUCUUGACGGCAUGGCUGUGUGUGGAAAUGGUGUGAUGGAUAGGUCUCGGCCGUCAUCGGGCGGUGCUGCUGGUGGUGGUGGUGGUGGUGCCGGUGUGGGUGCCCGUCAAGUGUCGUCCCUCACACAAGUCACGGGCUUCUCCACUGGGCGGGAUCGGCAGCAUGUCGCCGCUGCUGGUGGCCAUGGGGCGGUGCCGAAGCCGAAGGACGAACCGGUUGUCGUCGAGCUGCAGAGGGAGAAGGAGGUGCGUUGGUGUGGGUGCGUGUGGAUGAAUGUCACACGAGCAGCGACACACGUGUGUGUGUGUGGGUGUUGGCAGGCCCCCGCGGCUGCCUCUCAGCCAAAGGCCGACCAGAAGCAAUUCGAUGACGUGAGCAUAGUCCCCACACACACACACACCCCUAAAUGGCCGUAUGUGUGUUGAUGUGUGUGUGUGUAGGAGUACCUGGAGCUGAUGCGGCAGAUUGGCAGCCCGCCGUGAGGGCUGCCUGUGGCUUAGUGGUGCUGGUGCUGGUGUCCUAUGGUCGAUGCUGACUUGAAAGACGGACACAGACAGACGCUGACUGACGUCAAUUGUGUGCCCUACUGCCUGCGUGUGUGCGGUCAUGCGUCAGCACAGAGCGAGCACAUCACACCUCUGCCGACAGACAAUGUGAUGUGCACUCCUUUAGAGCGAUAUAAAGGAAUGCGAGGCGGUUCAGUUGUCAGUUUGAAUGCAAUGC